AUGGAUAGGAUAUCGUGAACAAAAUUUCAUUUCCAAAAAAAAGGAAGUCAUAAGAAGGAUAAACAAAAACAUGACGGACAUGCAAACAAAAUUGAGGAAGUACAGCAACAAAAGAUAAAAUAUAUAAGUCAAAAAGAAGCACAAGAAAUACAUCAAGAACUAAUCACGGAGUAUGCCUUUAGCAACGAAGAACUUAUGGAAUUGUCGGGAUUAAGUUGUGCCGUUGCUAUUGCCAAUUGUUAUCCAGUAGAACAGAUGACAAAGGACAACCAUGCUGUUCUUGUUUGUUGUGGACCAGGACAUAAUGGUGGAGACGGACUUGUUUGCGCCAGACAUCUGAAAAUGUUUGGAUAUAAGCCGACAAUAUUCUAUCCGAAGAGACCAAAUAAUCCUUCGUUUGACAGUCUGUUUAAACAGUGUGAAAGCUUAGACAUGCCUGUUUUAUCAUUUUUCCCGUCUGAACCACAUUUAAUUACAGACUCAUAUAACUUUGUUGUUGAUGCAUUGCUUGGAUUAGGCUUUAAAGGUCCUGUUAGAACAGAAUUUGAAUCUGUUAUGGAAACGUUAAAGAAAAUCGAAACACCUAUUUGCAGUAUAGAUAUUCCAUCUGGAUGGGAUGUUGAGACAGGUGAUGAAAAUGGACUGAAACCAGAGAUGCUUAUCUCCCUUACCGCUCCUAAAAUGUGUGCGAAGUUAUUCAAAGGCAAGCACCACUAUCUCGGAGGACGUUUUGUACCAAAAACGCUUGAACAGAAAUAUGAGUUAAAUUUACCGGUUUACCCGACUACUAAUUGUGUUGUCGAGAUUAAAAUUGAAAAUGAAGAUACCAAUUGCAAAGAGAAUAAUGAUGGUAAAAGUGAGAAUUAAGACAAAGACGAUCACAAAGAAAAAUGGAGAUAUUAGUUUUCAUCGAAAAGCUAUGUUAACAUACCACUGCUGAACUAUGACCCUAGAUAAUACAUAGUGACAUUCAGGCCUUAAUAUGUUUGCUACCUGGUUUACUUUUUAACUUUGUCUUUCGGAUCGGAAUGUUAUUCUUUGUUCCAUAAUGAAUUUUAUUAUUGAUUUCAAUCAAAGUGCAUCAUCUCUUUUAUAUCUGGAUUCAUUGAACUUUAACAAUACUAUAACCACUACGGAAAUUCUCCUAGUCGAGCUCGGUUUCACGCUGCAAGAACGGAAAUUAAUGAUGACGUCAAACAUGUGAAGAUACACAAAUAUACUUUGUUUCGUUACAUCUCUCGAUCUAUAAUGAAUCAAAGAACCUCAUGACCUCGAAUUAUAACAAAACCACAUUUCUUCAUGGUCCGAAUACAACUUUAUAUAGAAUAACAUGCUAUGCUUUGAUACAAUAUCACUCGUACUUAAACGAUGAAAAUGUUAUAAGAGAACUUGCGUAAAAUAUACUUGUGUUUGUUACAUGGUUACAUGUUUGUACGAAAUGAUGAUUAAACAAUUUUUAAAAACAACAGCGGUUUCUUAUGUUUCCUUUU